AUGUCAAAACAAUAUCAAAAAUUGUUAAUUUACAAGUUGAAAAUAGAACAAUUUCCGAGUAUGGCCACGAGUCCAAUACAAUUGAGUUUGAUUGGUGAAACGGCAUUUUGUUUCAAUGCUGAUGAUUACAUGACCAUUCGUGUGGAACACCGAAUCAUCGGCCGAUUAAUUGGCAGCACUGUGCGUUGGCCUCGAAAUUCUAACUUCAAUGGUUUACCGGCAAUAUACUCACCGUACGAAACUCAGUUGCUAAUCGAUAAGGGCAUCGUUCAACUAUGCAAAAAGAGCUUUGCCGAUGUGCCAAAUGAAGAAUUUGAAAAGCAAUAUGAGGAAUUUGGACAGGGUUGCCUUAAAAACGGUCAAGGAGCGUAUUUGGCGCGACGAAUCGAAGAUGCCACAAUGAAGAUGGAUAAGAUUUUAGCGGGAAAACGGAAAAAAGUGGCCAAAACUGGUGGCGAUCCAAACGAGGUGACCGAAGAGACAAUCCUUGAAGAAGUUCGAACACGGGCGAUCAAUGAAGCUCCGAAUAUUGUACACAUUCAAGUGCCGACUCAAGAACCAUUCGAUAUUGAUUUCGAAGAAAUCAAAAGAGUGCCCAAUGUUGAACCAGCCAAUUAUCGUGUUUUCUGUGAUCUAUGGGAGAAAGGCCAUUGGAUAACGUUUGGUGCCACAUUUGGCGGUGAUUUUCUUGUCUAUCCCGGAGAACCAUUUCAUUUCCAUGCUUCACAUAUCAUCCAUAUACUCACUGAAGAUGAGGCUAAAUCCAUGUCAAUACCAACCUUCAUCACACGAACACGGCUCAGUGUUAGUGUCAAAAAAUUCUGCACUUUUGCUUAUCUAGACAAGAAAACGGAUGAAUUGUGCUAUCAAACGGUACAAUGGCAAGGAAAAUAAAUUGAAAUCGGUUCUUUUUAUUAUGGAAAUAAAUUGUUUUAUUCAAAUCUCGAUUUCGAUUUGGUUUUGAAGUAAAAAAGACGUAGAAAUAAAUCUUUUAUUCUUAUGAAAUAAGCUAAAUCAAAAUGGU